GCGCUUGCCAUUUCUAGAUCUUUUUUUUCUUUCCAGAACCCCUCGUGUCCGUGUCCUCGUGCUGCCGCGCGCGCCCCGGUAUAACGGUAUAAAAGCCUCCCCCUGAACGCCAUGUCUCAUUCUCCGGACAAACGCCGAAAGAUGGAGUCUGCGCUCGAGCAGCUGAAGAAGCACACCGUGGUCGUGGCUGACACGGGGGACUUUAACGCAAUUGAAGAGUACAAGCCUCAGGACGCUACAACAAACCCAUCGCUUAUCCUGGCAGCGGCAAAGAUGCCCACUUAUCAGCACCUCGUGGACCAGGCUAUUAAAUUUGGCAUUGCCAAUGGCGGGACUGAAGAGGAGCAGAUCACGAACAUCAUGGACAAGCUGUUUGUCAGCUUCGGUGUGGAGAUCCUCAAGAAGAUCCCCGGGCGAGUCUCUACAGAGGUGGACGCCAGGUUAUCGUUUGAUAAAGAUGGGAUGGUGGCUCGAGCACGGCGACUCAUCACUUUGUACGAAGAGGCUGGAGUGAAUAAGGACAGAGUGCUCAUCAAGCUUUCCUCCACAUGGGAGGGCAUCCAGGCUGGGCGGGAGCUGGAGGAGAAAUAUGGCAUCCACUGUAACAUGACCCUGCUGUUCUCCUUCGCCCAGGCGGUGGCUUGUGCCGAAGCCAAGGUCACGCUUAUUUCUCCCUUUGUAGGCCGCAUACUGGACUGGUACAAAGAAAACACAGAGCGCAAGACCUACGAGCCACACGACGACCCCGGUGUGAUCAGCGUGACGAAGAUCUAUAACUACUAUAAGAAGUUUGAUUACAGCACUGUAGUGAUGGGUGCAUCCUUCAGGAAUACUGGAGAGGUCAAGGCCUUGGCUGGGUGUGAUCUUCUUACCAUCUCCCCAGGGCUGCUGGGAGAACUGAGCCAGGAUCACAGCACCGUGUCCCCUACUCUCUCUCCGGAGAAAGCAAAGGAUGGUGAUCUGGAGAAGGUCCACAUGGAUGAGAAGACCUUCCGCUGGCAGCACAACGAGGACCGUAUGGCUGUGGAGAAGCUCUCAGACGGAAUCCGGAAAUUCGCCCUCGACGCAGUGAAGCUCGAGAAGAUGAUCAGGGAGAAGAUGCUGGAUGUGAAGAACGGACAGUGACUCUCUGAUUAAAACCAGAGAAGACCCCCGGGCCAUCCUGAAGCCGCUGCCUGAGGCGGUGAACUUUUGCUUCUGAAGCUAAAACUCAUUCCACAGUCUUAAACCUCAGACCACUAAGAGCUCCUGCACUAAUCAUAAACUUUUGUCUCUGUUUGGGGAGAAAGUCCUUUGAGAAACAAGCAUUCCUAUUUUUUUAAAGCUAAAAUAUUAAUCGAUGAAACAAAAAAACAAUAAUGUGUGUUUUGAAGGACCCAAAACUAAAGGGACCCAAAGGAACUAAAGACAAACACUGUGUUCACUUUUCCUUUGUUCUGUAUUACUGUUACUGUAACAGAUCAAACUUCAGAUCUACUGUUGCUUCAUGGUUUUCAAUAAAAACGCUAUCAGGAAUUUA